AUGCGUCCGCUCGCGAGGCCGGAAGGGGCGGGGCGGCGCGGCGGGGGUCGAGCAUGGCGUCCGGCUCGGCGGCGGCGGCGGCGGCGGGGGGCGCGUACAGCCUGGGCCUGGCCAACGAGCGGCUGCGGCUGCUGGAGGACCUGGAGCGGGAGAUCGGGACGGCGCUGCAGUGCGCGGGUGGCCACCGGCCAGCCCCACGAGGGCUCCAGCUACUCGGCCCGCAAGGACUGCCAGAUGGCCCUCAACCGCAUCGACUACGCCCGCCUCAAGCUGGGGGAGCUGUGCCGCGCCUGCGAUCAGGGGACCGAGCAGCAGCAGUAGCCCCGCGGCCCGCCACCACCGGAGCCUCCCCUGCGCAGCUUCCACCUAGCGGCCAGCACCCUCCUCCGCGCAGCUGCUCAGAGCUGCCCUCCUCAUGCGCCCACCUGCCCGGGGCUGCGGAACCACACAACGCGAUGCUCCUGUUGACGUCAGGCAGAGCCUUUGUCUUUCUGCACCACUGCUUUGCAACAUGCGUUUAUUGAACUUGUUCCAUCGGCUGCAGUGCCCUGUGAACGCAUAAGAGAGGCACAAGAUUCCACAAGCGUUUCUCUGUCCUUUAAGGUGUCGAGCCUGCAUGUUGCACUCCACAACAGACUCUGGCGUGGCUUCAGUGGCGCAUUCAUUGCACUGUGCGGUGGACCUCAAUGAAAGGAGCCCUGGCCAUGUCCAAGCAGAUGGCUUAACUCUAGUUUGGUGUCCAAAGGAGGCUGUCUCUUGAGCAGCCGUUUUCUUUAUUUUCCUCUGCUGUGUGAAGGGUCACGGUCAAUGUUUCUGGGUCAUGUGGGUGCCUUGUUUUCACAUUUCCUGUCAGACUGGCACCAUGUCCCUUGCCAAUAUAAUACUAAAAUAGCCUUAUUUGCUAGAUUCUCUGGAUUUUAUUUCUCAAAAAUAAUUCUUUAGCUUCUUUAAUUAAAGGCAUAAGAGAAAGGGCUUUUCUUAACAAUGAAAAAAAAAGCAGAGACUUUACUGUAAAAAAAAGUUGGGGAUACAGAGAACCUAGCAGAGAAAUUGCUGUAGUGAUAAUGCUGGCUGGAUUUUUUAAUAAACCUCUGCUAGGUGGAUAGCAGCUAUUUUGAUCUGGGGCCAGGAAAUGCUGGGGGACGCCGUGCUGCCGCUGAAGUGAGUAUGCUUUUGCCACAGCAAUGAAAGCUGAAUGGGGAAUAGUCACCAUGUGGGAGCGGUGUGUUCUUUAUAGGGUGUGCUCUGCCACUGCAGUUCUGGAAGCACAGCCCCGUGGGACCCCCAACGACAGGCUCAGAGCUGCAGCUCCGUGCGUCCUCUGCUGGGUCUUCAGGCGAACAACAACAUGUGCAGCAGCAGAGCCUUGGCUGGGCAGAGAGCAUUCAAGAGCAUGUGGAUGCAGCAAGAGGAACUGUCAGAGUCCCACAAACUCAGACUCAACAACCUUCCUUCCACGGGAUCAAGUUUAUUGAGUUCAGUGGAAGCAGGUCAGCUGUGAAUACAUUCUGCGUAAAAGCUAACCCAACAGGCGGGAGAGGGGAAGAGAUACUGUGUUUGAAGCUGGGGGCCCUAAUGGUGUUAACCCAAUUAGAGGUGCAAGCCCAGUGUGCUGAAAGUAACGAGUACAGGUUCCCAGAGAGGUGAGAGCGCGAAGCAUCAAGGUCAGGCAGCAAGAUAAGGCCAAGCGAGAAAAAUGAAACCAAAAUUCCAGGGAAAAAAAGAUGUUCACACUACAGACUCCCCCCCCCACACACACACUUACAAUGGCAGCAUAGCUGACAGGAACAACUUGGGUCUCACUCUGGCAGAGCCAGGAGAGAGGGGAGGGACAUGACGGAGCAGCCAUCACCAUGGAGGUGCCGCGAGAGCCAGAGCUUUGCUCCCAGAGGGACUUGUGAGAAUCUCCUCUUCCAAAGCUGCAGCAGGGUCAGCUUUAGGAUCCCCGGGGCAAAAUAAA